GUAGACUGAGAGAAGAACUAGUCAAGCUCAAAUCAUUUGCACUCAUGCUGGUGGAUGAAAGACAAAUGCAUAUUGAACAACUUGGUCAACAAAGCCAGAAAAUACAGGACUUAAGCCAAAAACUAAAGGAAGAAGAAGAAAAGCUUAAAUUUAUUAGUGCAAAAACAAAAGAAGAUGGACAAAAACUGAUGAAAUUAGAGGCAGAACUUGAACACAAAACAUCAUCGUUUUCUCAAGAACAUGAGGAGAUGACUGCUAAACUGGCUAAUCAGGAGUCACAUAAUAGACAGCUAAGGCUUAAACUAGUGGGGUUGACACGGAGAAUAGAGGAAUUAGAGGAGACUAACAAAAAUCUUCAAAAAGCUGAGGAGGAACUUCAAGAACUAAGAGAUAAAAUAGCAAAAGGGGAAUGUGGGAACUCUAGCUUAAUGGCAGAAGUGGAAAACCUCCGCAAGCGUGUGCUUGAAAUGGAGGGGAAGGAUGAAGAGAUCACCAAAACUGAAUCCCAGUGUAAAGAGCUGAAAAAUAAACUACAAGAGGAAGAGCACCAUAGCAAAGAGUUGAAACUUGAAGUGGAAAAAUUGCAGAAAAGAAUGUCAGAAUUAGAGAAGCUGGAAGAGGCUUUCAGUAAAAGUAAGUCUGAAUGCACCCAGCUACACUUAAACUUGGAGAAAGAAAAGAAUUUGACUAGGGAUUUGGUAAAUGAGUUGGAAGCAGUAAAGACUCGAGUGAGAGACCUUGAGGCAUCAGAAAGCAAGUUGGAAAAGGCUGAAAUAAGCUUAAAGGAUGACCUUACAAAGUUGAAGUCAUUUACUGUCAUGUUGGUUGAUGAACGAAAAAAUAUGAUGGAAAAAAUAAAACAGGAGGAAAAAAAGGUUGAGGGUCUGAACAGGAAUUUUAAAGUUGAACAAGGGAAAGUUAUGGAUGUAACAGAGAAACUGAUAGAGGAAAGUAAGAAAUUUUUGAAACUGAAAUCUGAAAUGGAGGAAAAAGUGUCUAGUUUGACAAAGGAAAGGGAUGAGUUAAUUGGCAAACUGCGAAGUGAAGAAGAAAAAUCCUCCGAACUAAGCUGUAGAGUUGACCUGUUAAAGAAAAGAAUUGAUGGUAUGGAGGAAGUAGAAAGAGAAAUUACAAGAGGUCGAACCAGGAAAGGACCAGAGCAUGGCUGUCAUGAGGACAACAAGAUUAAAGAACUUACUGUUGAAAUUGAAAGACUGAAAAAACGUCUCAAACAAUUGGAAGUGGUUGAAGGAGAUUUGAUGAAGACAGAAGAUGAAUAUGAUCAGCUAGAGCAGAAAUUUAGGACUGAGCAGGAUAAAGCUAACUUUCUUUCUCAACAGCUGGAGGAGAUGAAACUCCAGAUUGCCAAAACCAAAGCGAUAGAAAAAGGCGAAGCAGUGAGCCAGGAGGCAGAGCUGAGGCACAGGUUUCGUCUGGAAGAGGCCAAAAGCAGGGACUUGAAAGCAGAAGUUCAAGCUCUUAAGGAAAAAAUCCACGAGCUGAUGAACAAAGAAGACCAGCUUUCUCAGCUCCAAGUCGAUUAUUCAGUUCUGCAGCAAAGGUUUAUGGAAGAAGAAAAUAAAAACAAGAGCAUGGGGCAGGAAGUUCUGAACCUAACAAGAGAGCUGGAGCUUUCUAAGCGUUACAGCCGUGCCCUGAGACCCAGCAUAAACGGACGAAGAAUGGUUGAUGUUCCUGUGACGUCCACCGGCAUGCAAACAGAUGCUGUAAGCAGUGAAGCAGCAGAAGAAGAAACUCCAGCAGUGUUCAUAAGGAAAUCCUUCCAGGAGGAGAAUCACAUCAUGAGCAAUCUGAGGCAGGUAGGUCUGAAAAAACCCAUGGAGCGUUCUUCAGUGCUCGAGAGAUAUCCUCCAGCAGCGAAUGAACUUGCAAUGAGGAAAUCUUGGAUACCAUGGAUGAGAAAGAGGGAAACGGGGGCUCAGGCAACACCUGAAAAAGGAGCUCGAACCCACGGUAGUCCAGCGCAUCCUGGGGAGGUUGUCCUUUCACCAAAGCAGGGUCAGCCUCUUCAUAUUCGGGUGACACCAGACCAUGAGAACAGCACAGCUACUUUGGAGAUAACCAGUCCAACCUCAGAGGAAUUUUUUUCAAGUACCACUGUCAUUCCUACUUUGGGAAAUCAGAAGCCACGAAUAACCAUCAUCCCCUCCCCAAAUGUUAUGCCACAAAAAGGAAAAGGCAGUGAAAGUUCCAUGGGCUCAGAUCGUUCUAUGUCUCCAGUCACUAUAACAACAUUCUCCAGGGAAAAGUCCCCAGAGGGAGGGAGGUCACCCUUCGCUGACAGACCUACGUCGCCAAUUCAGAUUAUGACCGUAUCAACGUCCGCAGCACCCGCAGAAAUCUCUGUCUCUCCGCAGUCACAAGAUAUGACCAUGGGAAGGGCCGUCUUCAAAGUGACACCAGAAAAACAAACCGUUCCAACUCCAGUCCGCAAGUACAACGCCAACGCCAACAUUAUUACGACAGAAGACAACAAAAUCCACAUCCACUUAGGUUCCCAGUUUAAACGCUCUCCCAGUGCUACGCCUGAUGGUGCGAGUCCUGUGAUAACGGUCAGACCAGUGAACAUAGCAGCAGAGAAGGACGUUGUGACCGGUACUGUCCUUCGGUCGCCCCGGAACAACCUGUCCUCACGACCUGCAGCGAGCAAGGUGACAAGUACUAUCACUAUAACACCUGUUACAUCAUCUUCCACCCGAGGAACGCAAUCAGUGACAGGACAGGAUGGGUCAUCCCCGAGACCUACACCCACCCGCAUUCCUGUGUCAAAAGAGAGUGUCAUCAUUCACCAGUUGCGCAUGAACUCUAGAUGAGUUACCACCCCCACUCUCUGUGUGCACUACCUUCCUUGCCAGCUGGACGGAUCACUGUAGAAGCUCUCUACCAUCAACACCAGGGUCACUUGUGCUACUGAUUAUUCAUGGAAGUAUUUAUUGCUUCCAUUAGAUUUUAUAUAUAUUUUUUUUCUUGGUAGAGCUUUAAAAAUGAAGGGCCUUGCUGAUAGUUUGGAAGUACAUAGUCAGAGAGAGAGAAGCAGUCUUUCUGUCGGCUGAAUUUCACUUUUAUUUGCAAAGCCUAAGGCACGUGCUUGAUUUUGUUUGACGUUUGCCAUAUAAUUUAUUUUUAUAAUACACUUUGUAAAGUAACUGUCCCAAAGUUGCAAUUCCUGUUGUCCAUGGCGCAUUUAUUUGUAGAAUACA